UUCCUGCCUGCUUAGACCAGAGGACUCAGUUACAGCACGGACGCGGACUAGUGUACUGACGUAGUUAGUCCGCAGGGUUAAAUAACCCUGAAACGCUUCAAAAAUAGCGUUUUUGUAACACAUUUCCUUCAGGAUUACAAUUUCUAUUCCUACAUAACUGGAACAAAGGACUAUUUUGAUUAUUUUUGCCUUUAUGUCUGAUCUGCCUGCCACCAGGGUAAGCAGAGCAAGCGAAGACACAUACGACACCGACAGAUCAUCGUGACGGACACGAAUGUGCUCUGAGGAUGAGUCCGGCUAUAGAAGCGCUGAUGGAGGUGUGUAGAUACCCGGGUAAAGGAGAAAUGAAGGGUGGCGUGAUGUUAGAGCCAUUUGUUCAUCAAGUUGGCGGUCACUCUUGUGUACUGCGAUUUGGCGAACAGACAAUCUGCAAGCCUUUGAUCCCCAGAGAGCACCAGUUUUACAAGAGCCUGCCACCCGAGAUCCGCAAAUUCACGCCACAGUACAGAGGUGUGGUAUCGGUAAGCUUUGAAGAAGACAAGGAGGGGAAUCUGUGUUUGAUAGCAUACCCGCUCCACAGCGAUCUAUCUGAUUUGGAGAACCAGGAGCCCUCUGAUGAUGGCGAGCCUAAGAACAAGCUUGUUAAGUGGGGGAAGAAGAAGCCAUCCGUCCUGCUCUCAGAAAACGAAAGAGCACGGCAGAGUCGCAAAGAGGAGAAGGGCAAAAGUAAUCGGGAUGAUAAGGCAGAGGUUUUGUACUACAACCUGGAGAAAGGAAACAUGGUUUCUCAAAUCAAACACAACCCUUGGAGUCUGCAGUGUCACCAGCAACAUCUACAGAGAAUGAAGGAAAACUCAAAGCACAGAAACCAGCACAAAUUCAUAUUGCUGGAGAACCUAACAUGGCGGUACCGUGUUCCAUGUGUCCUCGAUCUAAAAAUGGGAACACGCCAGCAUGGGGAUGACGCCUCUGAGGAGAAGAAAGCCAAUCAGAUUCGCAAAUGCCAACAAAGCACUUCCUCUUCUAUUGGGGUCCGCCUCUGUGGCAUGCAGGUUUAUCACAGCGUUACAGGGCAACUGAUAUUCAUGAACAAGUAUCACGGUCGUAAAUUGAGUCUAGGUGGAUUUAAAGAGGCUCUUUGCCAGUUUUUCGGUGAUGGGCGUGUGCUACGCAAAGAACUUUUGACCCCGGUGCUACAAAGACUUAGAGAGAUGCGAGACGUUCUGGAGGCUUGCGAGAGCUAUCGUUUCUUCUCCUCCUCUCUUCUUAUCAUCUACGAUAGUGCUCCUUCUCCAGCCCCAUCUAGAUCCCGGCCCUCUCGGGGUGGGGAGGAGGAAGAUGAGGAGGACGAGGAUGAUGAGGAGGAGGAUGAUGAUGAGGGAGCCUACGGAAAGCGUCGCGAUCACUCCAGCAGCCCCGGUUUGGUUUCUCCAGCGGUGGAUGUGCGAAUGAUUGAUUUUGCACACACGACAUGCCGUGAUUACGGAGAGGAUGGUAUUGUUCAUGAGGGUGGAGACAGCGGUUACAUCUUCGGUCUUCAGAAUCUCAUCAGCAUUCUGUCGGAGCUUGAGGAACACAGCAACGAUUAAAUGCUGUUUGUGCAAUUUUUGCCAUGCCAGGCUUAUCGUGGGCACUCUGAUGGUGCCAGCCAACAGGGUUAAAGUUCACGCUUACAUCGCCCUGCUGGGUGUAUUCAAAGCCAUAGCAGAAGUGGUUACGUAGGCAGGGGUCAAAGGUCAAUUCCCAGUAUUACUCAGGAGAGGUUGGUUUUGGACUUUCUCACUGAGGGGAAUGACACUCUCUCAUUCUGCCUGUUGUUUCUGCUCGCUCCGGAUGACGGAGGGAUGGCAGUAGAUGAGUUUCAACUCCUCUUUGUUCUUUUCAUCGACAAACGAUAAGGGAGUUAAGCUGUUGUUUGCUUUAAAAAGUUUUCAUAAAAAACUUAGGAAAACGAAUAUAGACGGUCACAGACACACCUUUUUAAAGGAGGUGGGUUUGUAGCUAAGAACUGUAAGAGAUUUUGUCUUUCUCCUAGAGUUUGGCAGCACAACAAUAAGUCAAUGACAAAUGUGAUCAUUCACAAGGCAACACGGUGCUUAAUAAACACAAUGCAGGACCCUGCAGGAGCAGGAUUCAAGGGAAGAGACAUUUUUCUUUGCCAUAAAAGACUAUUGGACAUUUUGUGGGGACAGUGUCGUAUGGAUAUUUGAAUAUUUUUCAUUGUCUUGGAUCUUCGUCAUUCCAUAGCAAGUGUUUUUGAAAUUAGAGUCGUCACUCCAAAGACUUUAAAGAUUAUUUAUUUAUAAGAGUAUUUCUAUCAAAUGUGAAAUAAAACUCGAAAUGUGACAUUCCAACCGUUACUUCUACAUUAUGUGAUGUAUGUAGAAACGAUUUUUAUGUUAUGAUUUUCCCAAAGUUUUUAACAUUAUGAAACAAAAUAAAGAUUAUUCUGUUUUGUUGUGGUA